AUGAGCCCCGGUAAAGGCGGGAGUGGGGCUGCUCUCGAGGGGUUGCGGUGGGAAGUCGGGGGCUGGUCAUCCCUGAGAGCCCGGGAUUCCCGCGGCCGCCUGCAGUGCAAGCCCGGGCAGCUGCGCCCGGCGCCCCCUGCUCUCGCUUCGCCGCCUCCCCGCUCGGCUGCGUGGCCCGAGCGCGCCCUCCGGUGGCCGCCCGGCGUCGCCUGCCGUGUCUCCAAGCCCCGCGCUUCCCUUACAGCAAGGCAUCCUGAGACAGAGGACGAGGUCGACUGUGUUCUCCAGUCGGCAGCGAAGAUCCUCAGUUCCUCCGACGGAAUAUGGGAAGGUGGUGGCAAUGAACCAGAAUAUGGCUGCGUAUCAGAAUCACAAAAUCAAAUCCAACCUCAAUCAGCACUGAAAGUCCUUCAGCAUCAGCUGGAAUCAUUUCAGGCUCUGCGAAUGCAGACUUUGCAGAAUGUCAGCAUGGUACAAUCUGAAAUCAGUGAAAUACUGAACAAAAGUAUCAUUGAAGUAGAAAACCCACAGUUUGCCUCAGAAAAAAAUCUAGCAUUCAGCUCACACCCUGAAAAGGAUUUGCCUACAGGGAAGCAAGAAGACACUCCUGUGGAAAAAGUUCAUCAUUUUGAGGAUUUCAGAACUCACAAUUCAAUGGAAGAAAAAUUCAGUGGCAACAGUGUUCACAGUCUCUCUCUAAGUGUAAACAGCCCAUCCCAGCUGCAUCCCGAGGCCACGCAAACUCUGAGAACCUCAAAGGAUAAUUCAGCCUCCAGCAUAAUUAUGAAUCCUUCUGAACAUGCUGACAGGUUGAAGAAUUACAGCAACCUUCAGAAUGUUUUACCUGCUGUGGCUCAAAAUGUGAAAUAUCACACUGACCCGGGAAGUGUGAGUAAAUCCACAAUUACUGCGCCUUUUCUAAACAACAGAUUUUGUGAAAAUCUAGAUGAUAUCUGCAGCUCUAUCAAACAAAUGAAGGAAGAGCUUCAAAAGUCACACAACAGGGAACUUGCACUUACAAAUGAACUUCAAAUAUUAAAAACUGAUACAAAUGUGCAAAGUAGUGAUAACUAUAACCUGUCUCCCAUACACAAAGAAAAAACUAACUUUAUUAAGGAAGAACAUAUAGGAAGUCAUUUAAAUGAUGACAUAAAAUCAAAGAGAAUUUUAGAAUUAGAGGCAGUAGUCAGCAAAUUACUACCAUUCAGGGAAACAGUAUCAAAACUCCACUUGAACUUCUGCAGGAAAUGUAAAAAAUUAUCUAAAAGUGAUAUACACAGGGGGAAGAAGAGUGAGAAAAACAAAAAAGAAAUUCCCAUCAAUGGCAAGAACAUUACAGAUUUAAAAUUUCAUUCCAGGGUUCCGAGGUAUACACUGUCAUUCCUUGACCAAAUAAAACAUGAAGUAGAAGACAAGGAAGCGCAACCAUUUGCAGUACAACAGGGACCAAUAGUAGUUGAAAAUGAGAAAACAUCCAAAAUUAAUUCUGUUACAGAGCAAUGUGUUGCAAAAAUCCAAUACUUACAGAAUUACUUAAAAGAAUCUAUGCAGAUACAGAAAAAAGUGACAGAACUGGAAAAGGAAAAUCUAACCCUGAAGACCAAAAUUAAACCUCUGGUUUUUACCACCCAAUCUCUGAUACAAAAAGUUGAAACAUAUGAAAAGCAAAUAAAGAAUUUAGUUGAGGAAAACAGUGUUUUUCAGUCCAAGUUAAUUAAAACAGAAGAGGACAACCAAGAAUGUCUUAAAGAAUUAAAAAAAGUAAUUAGUAGAUAUAACGCUCUUCAAGACCAAAACCAAACUCUGGAGGAGAAAAACAGUCAGCUUUCUAUAGAGAAGCAACAAAUGGUAGAAGCACUGGAUCAACUGAAAAGCAGGGAUCAAAAAACUCAAAAUGAUAUGGCCAUUGUCAGUAAUGAAAAUAAUCGAAUGAGCAUAGAGUUGGAAGCAAUGAAAACAAACAUUUUAUUGAAACAAGAUGAAAAGGAGAUGUUAGAGAAAAAAGCAUUGCAGCUUCUUAAGGAAAAAAGCUCUCUUGAAAAUGAACUGAAAGAAAAUAAACUAGAGGUCAUGCAGCUAAAAGAGAAAGAAAGACUGGCAAGAACAGAGAAAGAGACGCUUCUACAAAUUCUAGAAACAAUUAAAAAUGAAAAACUGGAUCUUGAAACCACAUUAAAAGAAUCUACUACUGCUAGAAAAAUGAUGGAAAGAGAACUUGAGAAUAUUCAGACUUACCAAUCCACUGCAAAAGAGAAUUUUCUGCAAGAAAUCAAAAAUGCAAAAUCAGAAGCAAGCAUAUAUAAGAAUAGUUUAUCAGAAGCUGGCAAGGAAUGCGAAAUGUUAUCAAAAAUGGUCAUGGAAAUAAAGGCAGAUAAUCAGAUUCUAAAAGAAGAACUAAAGAAACACAGUCAAGAAAAUCUAAAAUUUGAAAACAGUAUCAGUAGGCUUACUGAAGACAAAAUACUUUUGGAAAACUACGUGAGAAGCAUCGAAAAUGAAAGAGAUACCUUGGAAUUUGAGAAGCGGAAUCUUCAGCGAGAAUUUAUGAGCUUAAGUGAUAAGAUCUCUGGUAAGCAUAAUGGCACAGCAAAAUCAGUUUACAUUUCAAGAAGAGAGAAAUUCCAUUUUGACGACUACAACACUUACAAAGAUACUUCUAGUCCUAGGAGUAGGCCUUUAGAUCCUGAUACGAAAGGAAUUUCAAGUAAACUCUAUCCAUUGCUUCCAUCCAAGAUAUGUAAAUAAACUUCUAAAAUCAAUGUUUCAAAAC